AUGGAUCCCCAAGCGAACUUUACUGAUAUCGUCAAUAAUUUCCCCGGACUCCCGCCUUUCCCGGACGAUGUCCCCACGGCGCCACUUCUUCGGCUGUCGUUGAGCAAGCUGUUGGCCGGGGACAAAGCCGAGCUCGAACGGCUCUACGAAGCAUCCGUCGACAUCGGGUUCUUUUACCUGGAUCUCCAAGACUGUGAACAUGGGAAAUUGCUCCUCGGGGAUGCAGAUGGUCUGUUCCACAUUGGCGAAAGGCUCUUCGAAUUGAGUCUUGAAGAGAAGAAGAAGUACGACUUUAGUGCGCAGAACUCGUACUUCGGGUAUAAGGGCCAAGGGGCUGCCGUAGUUGACAGUCAAGGGAACCUGGACAGAAAUGAAUUUUACAAUAUAUCCAAAGACGACAUCAUGGGCAUUACCGAUACACUUCCAGCGCCGGAGGUCUUGCACCAAAGCCGUGACCUGGCAAAAUCCUUUAUGCAAGGCUCCCAUGCCAUCGUUAGCCUGAUACUGAAAAUCCUCAACGACAAAUUAUCCCUGCCCGAGGGCACACUUUCAAACCUCCAUCGGCUGCAAGCCGUCAGCGGCGACCAAGUGCGCUUUAUUAAAGCGCCGCCACAGCCAGUGGAUGACCGGCGCACUGCACUAGGGCAGCAUACCGAUUUCGGCAGCGUGACAGUCCUCUUCAACCGCCUGGGCGGAUUACAGGUGCUUCCUCCCGGCGCUGAUGCAGAAUGGGUAUACGUUAGACCACUUCCGGGUCAUGCAAUUGUCAAUCUCGGGGAUGCAAUGGUAAAGUUUACUAAUGGCUUGUUUCGAUCGAAUAUUCAUCGGGUCACGGCACCACCGGGGGCCCAGGGGAACUCAACAAGAUAUAGUUUGGUGUAUUUUGCGCGGCCGGAGGAUGAUGUUAUGCUUCGACGACUGGAUGGGUCGGAGCUUAUUCCUCCUAUUGAGGAUGAUCAGGCUGAGGAAGAGAUCAAUAGUAAGGAUUGGAUUAUCCGUCGGGCUCUGGGACGUCGUGUAGAUCUUGUCAAGAAUAUUGAUUUUGAGAAAUCUGCCGGAACAGAGCAGAUGAGCCGAAGGAUCAAGGUUUGA